UGCUCCACCCCAAUGAGCACAGGGCUGAGCGCGAGGAGCGGAAGUGGCGGUGGUGGGGCGGGACCGUGCCCAGGAAGGGAAGUAGCAUCUCCCGGGACGGCGGCGCGUGCGGAUGGCGCGAGCGGGACGCCGAGCGGCGGUCCCCGCGGGGACAGCGGGGCCUGGGGGCCCGGGGCGGCCGCAAGGGCGGCGGCAGCAGCAGCCGCCGCAGGGGAAGCAGCGCUCGGCGCCGUGGCCCAGGCCGCGCAGCCAAGAGAAGAAGAAAGUGAACUGCAAGCCCAAGAACCAGGAUGAACAGGAAAUCCCCUUCCGACUCCGGGAGAUUAUGAAGAGCCGCCAGGAAAUGAAAAACCCCGUCAGUAACAAGAAGAGAAAGAAAGAGGGCAGCCUUCAGAAGGACGCUGGAGAAGGAGGCGCAGGGCGUGGACCCGGAGAUCGCGGUCCCCAAGUUCCAGCAGAGGAAGGGCGAGUCCGACGGGGCCUACGUCCAGCGCAUGGAGCAGGAGGCCCAGCACGUGCUCUUCCUCAGCAGGAACCGGGCGGCCCCACGGCCCGAGGCGCAGGCGGCUCCCAAGGAGAAGUCGGAGCGGAAGAAAGCGUUCCGGCGGCGGCGGCUGGACAAAGUCCGGCAGAGAAGAGAGGAAAAGGCCGUGGAGAAGCUGGAGCAGGAGCUGCUCCAAGACACGGUGAAGUUCGGCGAGGUCGCCCUGCAGCCCCCCGAGCUGACCGCCAAGCCCAGGACGAGGGUGAGCAUGGGCCAGGUGAGCAGGGGCCAGCCCGGCAGGAAGUCACUGAUCCUGGGGGCGCUCCUGAGCCCCGGCGGUGCGCCCCAGCCCCCGGCCUCCUCCAUGGCCCGGCAGCGGAUCGUGGCGGAGGAGAGAGCGCGGGCCGUGCAGGCCUACAGGGCGAUGAAGACGCUGCGGCGGGAGUGGCGGGAGGCCCGGUCAGCCCGCUGCCCGCCCGAGAAGCAGCCAGGGACCAGCCUGUGACCACAGGAGACCUGGGCUGCCACGCUGGGUCGGGGGCCCAGAGAUCAGAGCCCUUUCCCUGGACACAGCCCAGGACCCGGAGCCCGGUACACCAGCUCCCACGUUCCGAAAGGGGCUCCAGUGUCUGCUGUCCUUUCUUCCUCUCUGGACAGUACUUUCCUGAGUGACCAUCGCCAGGCCCGCAUCUCCCACUGGACACCAUCUGUCCUGAGCCCAUGUCAGUGGGGCCAGCACCUGGAGGAGAUGGCCAGUCUCACCCAGUGUCACUCCCACGAGCCUGGCAUCGCUCCCACUUCUGUCCUGAACACAGGGGGCCAGGCUGAGACGGACACGGGCCCACCCCAUCAUCUUGCCCCUGACUGCCGAUUAACUGUAGACACCGUGGACUUGGGCAGUGCCAGUCCGUCACGGGCUCCCCUGGAUUCCACAGAGUGGCACCGCUGGGGGCACGAGGCAGGGCGCAGACCGCAGUGGGGCAGCAGAGUGCCCCGGGCGAGGGCUGGUCAGCACCUGGGAUGUGCCACUGCCGAGUCCCCAGGCUCGUUUCCUUGGGGAGCUGUCUGGAGGGGGGCUGCCCUAGCUGAGUGGAGGUCGCCUGUGGUGGCCACUAAGACUGGUGUGUGAACUUGGGGGAUUUUACCAUAAAUCCCAACAAACCCCAGGGGGCUGAUUGUUUGUUUUUGUUGGCUCAUGGUUAGCGAGAGUGGCCCGAUAUCUGGCCAGUGAAGAUACUGAUCUUCUGACACGGGUCUGAGCCUCAGACCGACAGUGUUCCCACACGAGGUGCACCCUCCGAUUCUGUGAGGGGCCCCUGUCCCUCCCAGUGGGGGUGCGGCGCUGAGCUGGGACCACGAGCUGGGUUCCAGAGGCGCUCGCUGACGCGGGGGCGUCGUUGCUUCCAGACCCCCCUUCUGCAGAAGGGCCUUGGAAACACAGAAAACAAAACAAGUGUGCCUUCAGGUAUCUGACUUUGUAUUGUUGUGGUUUUCGCUAUUAAAGUUUAAUUGGUUUUCUUCUGUU